AUGCGAAACUUUGACGAAUGGGAAAUCCGCCCCGAGACCUACAGGAAGUACAUCUUUGUAUUCUGUGACGGCGCCUGCAUCGGCAACGGACGACCAGGAGCGCGGGCUGGGUACGGCGUUGUCUUUGCUGAUCCCAAACUUCGCCAUUGCAUCGAAGCCGAACGCCUGCACGAUGGCCCGCAAACCAACAGCCGAGCCGAAAUCCUGGCCCUUAUCCGAUCCGCAAAGCUUGCGCCCGACGACGGUCGUCAAGUUGUCAUCUUUUCCGACAGUCAGUACGCUAUGAAUUGCGUCGUUCGAUGGCUGGAUAGGUGGAGGUGCAACGGUUGGAGGAACACCAAGGGCGGUAUCGUUGCAAAUCAAGAUCUCAUCGAGAAGCUCGCCGAAGCGCUCGACGAACACCGUGUCCGCCCAGUGCUCCAGUACAUCAAGGGUCACUCAGGCCACCAGUGGAACGACAUGGCUGAUGCCUAUGCCAAGGCAGCUUGCCGGUACGACAGCUAG